GUUUUAGUACGACUUUCAUCUUCAAGCAUUUUCUUUUCUUUUGUUUCCUUUUAUACCCCUUUUCGUUUACAUACCAUGACAUUAAGACAAGUGUUCAUAGUAGCAGCAAAAAGAACACCUUUCGGAGCAUUUGGAGGCAAAUUAAAAGACCUUACAGCCUCUGAAUUAGGCGGAUUAGCUUCUAGAGCUGCUAUCGCAGAUCUUCCUAAUAAAGAUAUUCCCAUCGAUUCUGUUAUCUUUGGUAAUGUUCUCCAAACAGAUGUUGCUGGUGCUUAUGUUGCUCGCCAUAUUGGUCAUCGUACAGGAUUACCUGUGACAGUUCCUGCAUUGACUGUCAAUCGCUUGUGUGGUUCUGGCCUCCAAAGUCUGAUAAAUGCUGCUCAAGAAAUUCAACUUAACGAAGCAGAAAUUGUUUUGGCAGGCGGUACAGAAAAUAUGUCACUUUCUCCUUUCUCUUUGUCCGGAUCUAGCCGUUGGGGUCUCAAACUGGGUCAAGACCCUCAGUUAAAGGACACGUUAUGGACAGCCUUAACCGAUCAGUAUCCGACACCGACACCAAUGGGAAUUACAGCUGAGAACUUGGCAGAAAAAUAUAAUAUCUCAAAGGAUGAAUGCGACAACUACGCUUUAUCUAGUCAAAAUAGAUAUGAAAAAGCCUCAAAGGGAGGGAUCUUUAAGGAUGAAAUCACGCCAGUCGAAAUUAAAGGCCGUAAAGGUCCGGAACUUGUGAGCGAGGAUGAACAUCCACGGUUUGGGCUGCAAUUAGAACAUCUAACCAAGUUAAAGCCUGUUUUCAAGAAGGGGGGAGUAGUAUCUGCAGCAAACGCAUCAGGGAUCAAUGACGGAGCAGCUGCUUUAAUCGUGGCCAGUGAAGAUGCUGUCAACAAAUAUAAUUUGAAGCCUUUGGCCCGUAUUGUAAGUUGGCAAGCAUCAGCUGUUGAGCCCACUCUGAUGGGUCUUGGUCCAGUUCCUUCUAUACAAGGGGCCCUGAAACGUGCAAAGCUGAAUUUGCAGGACAUGAAUUUGAUCGAAGUCAAUGAAGCUUUUGCUGCUCAGUACUUAGCUUGUGAAAAGGAACUAAGAUUGGAUAGAGAUAAAACAAACGUUAAUGGUGGUGCAAUUGCUGUAGGUCACCCAUUGGGUGCUUCAGGCGCACGUAUUCUAACGCAUUUGUCGCAUGCCCUUCAACGCACAAAGGAAAGGUAUGCUGUAGGAUCUGCAUGUAUUGGAGGAGGACAGGGUGUGGCCGUUAUAUUGGAAAGAGUAUAAAGCAAAUAGCAAGAGUGUUCAAAUUUAAGCAGACUGAUAUGAAAUGUGUAAUAAAAGUUUGAACCUUCAGACGGACAUAUUGCUUGGUAGACAGAUGUACUUUAUCUUGAGCAUUUCAGUGGACUGUAAAUAAGUGAUAAUAUCCACUCGAGGCAUACGA